CUUUCACUUUCAGAGGUGUGGUCAAAGGGAGGUGUGACUGUGUACUUGCUUCCUGUAAAGUCUGUGAACUGUAGGUGUUGUUGCAGCUAGGAGUAGUUAUGGAAAGUCUUCGUUUUCAGUGUAGCUUUUUUCCUUGCAACAUGGUGCUGCCUUCCUCAGUUUGUGGGAAAAGAUGUUACUCCCAGUUUGGGGAUCCUCCUGAGCAGGAGCUUUCUUCACCUGACAAAAGGCAGCCACAAACUGAUCUUCCAAAACCACGUUGCUUUUCAGAGAUGCCUGCAGGUCAGAGCUUCAGGAAAGCUAAGAGAGAAAUCAAAGAGGAAUGCACAGGAGAUGCAAAGCGCUGCAGGAAAAAAAAUGGCCACCUCUUGAAGAAAAAGCUUUCUACAUUGAAUUUAUUCUCUGGGCAUUCAAAAGAUAUACUCCCCCAGGAAAGGAAUUUGGUCUUUGAAGAGAAGAAAAGAGAGUUGCAAAGAAAAAAUUCAAAGAAGCUGAAAGCACCACUGGAUGAUGUGUGUCUGUUGGAAAAGUCUCCCUCUGAGAAAAUGUGCCCUAAAUGCCAAAUCCUCAUUUGCAAGGUGUGUAAAAUGCUGCACACUGACAGCAGUUUUAUUGCACACAGCUUGUUGGAUCACUAUGAUAAAGGGAGGCACUCCUUCUGCUGUUCUGAUUCUGGAACUCCCCAGGACCACCAUGAUUGUAAGCAUAGUCCUGGACUGGAUAUGAGUUCCUGGCAGAUCUUGUAAGUUCUCAGCAUUAGAAGUGCAUAUACCGCUAAGACUUUCUCUAUCAUGACUGUGCACAGGCAAAGCCAGAGUGGGUCAUUUGUGAAUUGUAUCAUACCCUAGAUCCUUAACACAGACAUUUAAUAGCCUAUAUCAAAUGUUUUCAAGUGCCUCUCACUCAUGUGCACAGGAUGCUUUUUACCCUGUCAAAUCUGUGUUGAGGGUUAGUAUGUGGACCUGCCAACAAGGCGCAGGAAGGUGGAUUCCCAGUGCUGCACUCAUGGGGAUGCAUCUCAGCUAAUGAAACAGGUCACAUAACACAGAUUUUGACAAGGCUAGCUAGUCCUGUAAUAUAUAUAUAUAUAUAUUUGUAAUGUAUGGGUUAGUUUGUUCAGACAUUUCUGCUGCUGCUCCUCUGGGAUAUUAAAGUUUUUAAAUUAAAAUUUUAUUAUUUAAAAA